AUAAGGAAUGAAGGCCGGGCCGCUGCGCCCCUCCACCAGCCGCAUGUUCCCGCACACCGGUACCACACCGCCUAUAAGAAAGGAGCCGGGGACUGUAGAGGAUAGUAACCUAUUUUUGGCAUAGCCGCUUAACGGAAAGGCAUUUCCUCACCAAAGCCCUCGUUUAAAACUCUGCUGGCUGAAAUCACUGCAAGCUAGCAGCAACAUCACUUGGCACCAUCAGGGAGACGUGUUCCUGGGAGCCGAGCAGCACGUACAUUCCUCCGUCUGUUGGAUGACAAAUGCCAUGCCUACGGAUGCAUUUCAGUCGGAGUAGGGGGAAUUGCAGGAAUGCAUGUGCCGCUGUUCGGGAAACCCGGCUGUGAUGUUUAACCGCUGCUAAAGCAGUGACUGUGAAGCUCGCGCGUGUUUGCAGUCAGCACAAUCAAGGUGACGGCAGCUAGCCUGUUAGCUCGUGCGCUAUCCGGGCAGUGUGUGACAGGGAACAGAAAACGCACUGAGUGCGUUUGAAAUCAGAAUAUCCGUACUGUUAACCUGAAAGAGGAAUGAUACAUGUGCGCGCUUUUUCUUUGCACGGUGCACUCAGUGCUCAUCGCUCAUGAGGAGGAGAUGCUUGAUAUCUGGGGGAGAAAGAACUUGACACAUCUAUGAGAAUUUCAUAAUACUACAUAUCAAACUUGCGUGCUUUUUUCUUUUUCUUUUUUACAUUAGCCGAAUAUCUUAAUGUUAACCCCCUAAACGCCGUGCGAUUCUGGCACUGUACUUUAUAGUUUGUAUUGUGACUACUUGGUGCCAAGCAAUAUUGUCGUAUCAUCACUAUAUUAAGCGCACGCCUGCCUCUGGCUUCUUUCAGGUCGAAAUGUCCCCUAAAUGAGUCUUUUGCAUCAGUUUUUUUUUUGCAUACACACGGGUCCCACAGAGCGCUGGAUGCCAACGCACCGGACGGACGGACGGAUGAUGAUGAUGAUGAUUCACUCUACGGGAAUAUGAGGAAGUUGCCCUGAACCGAGCGUUCACGAAACCCCUGCGGUUCCCGAUGGUGAAAUUAUCCAACGGCUGUUUGAUGAGCAGCAGACGAAAGCCACCUCUCGCCGGGUCGCCUCUUAAGUCGAGCUGACAGAAGCUGGUGGGGUUUGUUCGAAAGACUUGAGCAGGGUGUGACCGCACUUGGUUUCAAUGUUACAUGCUGCACUGUAUGGAUCAGCGAAGCUCACUAUGAACGCAGCCUGGAAUUUCUACGUCAACCCGUGUGGAUGACGCCGCCAGCGUUUGAAAAUAAAUCGCAAAAGUUGAUUUUUAAAAUUCCUUCGGCUAAAGAGCAGGUCUGUUAGCCAUGUAGCUGGCUGCACAUGACCGGACUGGACUUCUCCGACUAAUGUCUAGGGUGUCAAAUCUUUUUUUAGUCUGUGUUGUGCCGCGUGUAUAUGUGUAGAUGUAUAGCGUAGUUAUUUUAGCGUCGUCGUCGUGACUGUUUAUGGUUGCUAUGGCAUUUUUAAACGGUCCCAGACUGUUGGACUGGGCAAACUCUCCUCCACAUUUACAGUUCAACAAAUAUGUCCUGACUGGUUAUAGACCCAUUUCCUCCGUCCAGGAGUGUAUCAAGAGUCUCUUCUAUCUGCACAAUGAGCUGGGAAACAUCUACACACAUGGAAUCCCUCUGCUCUGCUUCCUGGUGCUGCUUCCGCUCAACAUCCCCUGGUCACAGAUCAGCGUGACGUGGCUCGGUGUGGUGCACUUCCUGGCCUGCUUGUCGCCACAGCUGGGAUCAGUGGUCUACCACCUCUUCAUGAACCAUGAGGGCGGCGAGCCCGUCUAUAAAACCCUGCUCACGCUAGAUAUGUGCGGAAUCUGCAUGAUCAACACGCUAGGAGCUCUACCCAUCGUGUACAGCACACUUCUCUGCUACCCCUUCACUCGCACAGUGGCUCUGCUGAUGUACAUCCUGCUAUCCAGUUACGCCAUCUACUGUGCCAUCACAGCACGCAGCAGAGUGCGGCGUCUGCGUUCCUUCGCCUGGCAGUUACUUUACCGCUUCUCAUUUUUCCUUCUGCGCUGGGUAGGUGUGGGCGGAGGGAGUCCCACCUCACUGCGUCACUUUCUCACCAUGGAUGCACUAGCAGUGUUGGGCGGGGUCAUCAAUAUCACACGAAUCCCCGAGCGGUUCCGCCCGGGCCUCUUUGACUACUGGUGCAACAGCCAUCAGAUCAUGCAUGUGCUGGUGGUGGUCUCCAUACUGUAUCUACACUGGGGGGUGCUGGAUGACUUACUGUGGAUCAAUACCUAUCACUGUCCCUCAGACUGACAGUGGCCCCUGCUAGUCUGGAAUCGUGGGUAAUAGGGCGUAAGGACCUCUUUUAGUAAUGAGAUGAUUGGGAAUGCGACGUAAUUGGGCAAAGAACGGUAUGGGGUGGGGGGAGACUGUUGUGCUUUGUAUAUAAAUGUGUGCACGAAAGUCCAUAAGAAGAAGUGUUUUACAUGUUUUUUAGGAGACACCAGUGCCAGCUUCGACACACAUGCUUGUUUGUGUUGUCAGUAGCCAGAAUGUACAUAUCCGUGUUUGCAUAAACAUUGUCUGUGCAUGGCACUGUUUAGACUUACUAGCUCAAAGGCAAAUUUUUAUUUAUUUAUUUAUUUUUUUUGGUUCGAGACCUACACAUUCUAUAGGCGUAUACACUAUACACACACACAUACAGGAUCUGACAUUAUUCAAUGUCAUAUAUUCACCAGCGUUUAAAGCAUUUCUUAAAUAACCCUCUAAAUUUAGUUUUAGCUGAACAAUAAAAGAACAUAUCGAGCCCUCAAAUGAUUGGCUCUCAAAAAGCGAGAUUUAACAUAUCACAAUCUAAAACUCGUUGCUCAAAUAGCAUGGCUUUUGUGAAGUUUGUCUCUAUUCUCAGUUUUGCUGGUGACACAAACAAAGAUCGCUGGUGCAGAAAUAUAUCCACCUCCAACUUUCAACUUGCUACUCUAUUGCAGACUAUGCAGCAUAUCAGAUGUUAUAUCAAUGCUAACACUACACACACAAAAUGUACUGUAAGCCCAGUCUCACAGCAACAUUUACUGGAAAUACUUGAGUUGUUUUUUUUAUUUGUUUUAUCAUGCUUGUUGUGUUUUUUUUCGUACCAUUUCUAUGUUCAGGUCCAUAUUUUUCACAUUCAUACAAAUUAGCUGUAAGCGAAGGGUGAAGCGGUCAUUCCUUGGGUUGUAGCCUUGCCAUUUUUUAUUUUCAUUAGGUGAUUAAAGUUGCUGAGUGCUCAUUUUAA